AUGACUGUCGCUGCCAAUGCGCUGAAUGCCGUCGGCCUCGUCCUCCUCUCACAUGCUGUCUACAGCGCAUACGAAUUCUCUCUACUCCCCAGCACACCACUCGCAACUCCGACCGCCGCAGAUCUCUCGAUUCCAAGCCUCGUGAUCGACGCCCUUAACCCCAAAAUCACAAUCCCACUCGACAUCACGCUCGAACUCAUCUUCUCCAUCCUACUCCUCUGCGUCGGAGUCGUCCUCAGCAGUCCGGAUCUCAAGCCCAUCCAAUGGAACGUGUGGGCUGGUCAGCUCGAGCGUAGCUCGGAGGCGAGAAGGAUCAAGGAGGUCGGUGUGGGUGGUGGAGACACGCCGUAUAAGGCUAUUGAAGAGAGGGGUGGGUUUUUGGAUAUCAGGAGGGCGAGGCUGAUAUGCCGCAACUGUGACGGAGACCCGCAGGCGAAAUCGUUCAUCUCAGACGCUUCACUGUCGGUGUUACCUGUGGUAAUUCAAAGUGGGAGUCAUCUGAUGCCAUUGGCAUUGGGCUGUGAGAAUAUGAGUUAUGACCAUGAGAUUGACAACCCAUGGGAACAAGUAACGCACACCUCGACAAUACAGCCUGUCCGUCUCUGGUGUGACUCGCAACACACCCUGAACCAACACACAAAAAUUGAUACCCAGAUGGCGCCAGCAUUGCCUACUAAGAAACGGCUAUGUGACGAUGAUAUCCGAGGUACGAUGAUCGGUCGCAAGGCGCAGCGAACAUCUUCGGCAUCCAUCAGCAUCAGCUAUCAGACUCCAUCGAUUGGCAAGCGAUCAAAAACCCAUGCAGCAACACCUGCUCGUCACUUACCACGCACAUCAGCGUCUCGACAGAAUUCGGUCUCCGCCGAUGCACGUCAAUCAUUCAGUGUCAUUGAUGAUGAUGAUGACAGGAGCGUGCUCAGCCUCGAAGCCGCGGUGAAUAACACCCACAUCGAUGAUGAUUUCGACCUUCUUGAAGAGAUCAUCAUGGCUGUCAACGUGACCGACCGUGGCGCGAUGGGCUGUGCAUACUACAUGGCACGCGACGAAAAACUAUACUUCAUGGAAGAUGUCCAGCUCGGCGGUCCAGAUAUUGUUGACUCGCUGAAACUAUUUAUCAAUCCAACGGUGGUACUCGUGCCUUCCAGAUGCCAGGGCGAGACCAUCAAUCGACUCGACCCAGAGCUCUGUGCAUAUGGAAGCUCUGCCAAUGGUCGUCAACGUGACGCGACUCGUCUCCCAUAUCUGAUGGAGUGUCGGCCGAAUGCUGAGUUUGGAUAUGAUUCUGCUCGAAACAAGCUCGUGAAUCUUGGGCUUGGCCAGCAGGGGGGUCCGACUGUGACCUACAUCAUUCCAGGUGAUAUCGUCUAUGACAACCGCGGGCUUGAAGGUGAUGAGGCAUGUUUCGUUGGCAAACAAGGAUUGCUUCUUCGUCUCGCUGGAUGGAUCAACAUGGAGAGCCGACUCACUGUGGGUUGUGCAGGUGCGGUAAUUUCUUACCUGCAGCGUAGAAGAGCGACGGCAUACCUCCCGAGCGAUCGUGGUGCCGAUGGGAUGUUCCGGAUCGGUGGCUUGGAAAUGUUCAGCUUGAAGGACAACAUGCUCGUCAAUUCCGACACCAUUCAUGCUCUCCAGAUUACUUCACUUGAAUCACACCCGAAUGUCCAACAGCAAGGACCCGCUGCGAGAAGUUGGUCUGGAGGUCAUAAAGAAGGUCUCUCCGUGUAUGGACUAUUUGCUGGCAUGGCUAAAACACAACAGGGCAGACUGCUUUUGCGUCAGUACUUUCUACGUCCAAGCAUGAAUCGACGCGUGAUUGACAAUCGGCUGGACACAAUUGAAGUUCUGCUCAAGCUUGAGAAUGCCAACGUACUCGAUCGUAUCAUCGAAACCUUGGCCAAGGUCAAAAACAUGCGGACCAUCACGAACAAUCUACGUAAAGGCAACACGAGCGGCCUGGACAAGGGUCGUGGAGCUUCCAUCGCCAUUUGGCAAAAUUUGCGACACUUCAUUUUCUCUGCCUUGUCGUUAAUCGACCUUCUCAAUGAAGUCGAGGGUGCCAGACAUCUCUCAAUCACCCACAAGCUCGCGGAAAGCUUUGACAAACAUCGGCUUGCACAAGCAGGCCAAAUCAUCAGUCAGACCAUUGAUUUUGAUAGCGUCCAAGAUGCUCGGCGAUGCAUUAUCCGUCCUGGGGUCAAUGAUGAGCUAGACGAUGCUCAGCGCACAUAUGACGGCAUCGAGGACAUGCUCAGUCACGUCGUCAAUCACGUUGCAGCGAAGAUUCCAGCUGAACUCGGCUGGAAGAUCAACGUCAUCUUCUUUCCGCAGAUCGGCUUCCUCAUCUCCACACAAAUGGAUGAGGAUACUUCGCCGUCGGAGCCGCAGGAACACUUCAAUGGACCAAUAUCAGACGACCAUUGGGAGAAAAUGUUUGCCACAGAGACUCACGUCUACUACAAGAACUCCAACAUGACCGAACUUGAUGCUCGCUUCGGAGAUAUCUACGGCAAUAUACGUGACAAAGAGAUCGAGGUCUUACAGGACCUUGCCCAGAAUGUCCUAGAAUACGAAGAUCUGCUCAUCACAUGUUCGGAGAUAUGCGGUGAGCUGGAUUGUCUCGUUGCGAUGGCGCAGGGCGCAAAUCAAUUGAACCUCGUUCGUCCCAACGUGGUCGAAGACAAUAUCGUCAAGAUCACAGCCGGACGACAUAUCUUGCAGGAGCUUACCGUCCCAUCCUUCAUCCCCAAUGAUGGAUAUCUUGUCGGUGGCAAAGGUGCAGAGAACCCGCAUACUUCCCCUCGGCGGCCCUCGCAAUCACCCUGUCCCCCAUCACAUCAGCCUCGUGAAAUCCAUGAAGCAGAAGGUCCUAGCAUGGUAAUUCUGACAGGGCCGAAUUACUCCGGCAAGAGCAUCUACCUGAAGCAAAUCGCACUCAUCGUAUACAUGGCACACGUCGGCUCCUUUGUCCCCGCAGAAGCCGCCACUAUCGGUAUCACCGACAAGAUACUUACGCGCAUCGCCACUCGUGAAACGGUUUCUCGAGAGCAGAGUGCUUUUAUGACUGAUCUCCAGCAGACAUCCCUUGCUCUAUACUUGGCUACAAGGAGAAGCUUACUCGUCAUCGAUGAGUUUGGCAAAGGAACCGAGUCCACCGACGGAGCUGGAUUAGUAGCUGGUGUCUUCGAACACCUUCUCGCUCGAGGUCUAGAUUGUCCCAAAGUCCUCGGCGCAACGCAUUUCCACGAGAUCUUCGAAAAUGGCUUCCUGGAACCACGCGCAAGCCUAGCCUUCGCGCACAUGGACGUAGUAGUCGAUGCCCAAUCCGAAAUGCGCUCCUCUACAACCGCUUCUACAACGACCGGCGGAACAGAGGGGCCUCAAAUUACUUACCUUUACACCUUGAGAAACGGAAGAAGCACAGAGAGUUUCGGAACCGCCUGCGCGCGAAUGAACGGCGUUCCCAACGAAAUCGUCGUCAAGGCCGAACAUCUCAUCAAGUUAUCUGCAAGAGGAGAUGACCUUGUUGAAGCUUGCGCGGAGAUGCCCGAGGCGGAAUUGGCGGAGUUGCAUGAUGCUGUGGGUCAUUCUUGCCCGAUUAUCAAGGUGGAAUCGAAUGAAUGA